ACACCAUUCAUUCUCUUUUCUUCCUUGAUAAUCAAUAAAAAUACAAAAAUGGCAACAAUGGCGGACCGGGUCUCGGAUCGUGAUCGUGAUACCAGACUAGACCCGAGUCGGGUCCAUGUCCAUACAACCACAACAUACCCAUCUUAUGUCGGGCCAAAAUCUUCAUGGACGGGCUCAUGGUCAUCAACCAAUGAAACGGGUCGGGCUAGCGGCCCAUCAACCUCUCAAAUUGUAGCUCUCAUAACACUUGUUCCUCUUAGUGGGACCCUCCUUUUCUUGGCGGGUCUUACACUUUUGGGAUCCAUCAUUGGGCUUUGUGUUACCACCCCACUUUUCAUCCUUUUCAGCCCGGUGAUUGUCCCUGCUGUUCUUUUAUUGGGCCUUGCUGUAACGGGGUUUCUUUCCUCGGGUGCAUUCGGGUUAACAGGUGUGUCUUCUCUGUCUCGGGUCGUGACAUAUCUUCGCCAAGCGGGUCAUAAUGUACCCGAUGAUUUGGACUAUGCUAAAAGGCGUGUGGCUGAUAUGGCGGCGUAUGCGGGUCAGAAGACUAAAGAUGCGGGCCAGACAAUUGAGAAUAAGGCCCGUGAAAGUGGGACUACUCAUACGACUACGGGUGCUACUGCCAGGACUUAAAUGAGGAGUUUUGGGCCUGGUUCAAAUAGUUGGGCUUUAUGGGGCCCUUUUUUUAAUGCGUUAUGUAAUAAUUAAAAUAAUUUUAAGAUUUUAAUGUAUGUUUAAGGUUAAAUGUUGAUCUUACUCGUGUAUGGAAUAUAGACUUGUAGUUUUUUUUAGUUAUAUAAGUUCAUUGUAUUUCUUGGAAUGUUAAGAACUUUACCUCUUUCCAACAAA